AGCGCGCCGCUUCCUUCCGGCGGGCCUGCCGAGCCGCGGCGCAGCGUCGUCGCGAUGCUGCUGACGGUCUUCUGCCUGCGGCGGGACCGCUCCGAGCUGACCUUCUCGCUGCAGGUGGACGCCGACUUCGAGCUGCAGAACUUCCGCGCCCUCUGCGAGCUCGAGUCCGGCAUCCCCGCCGCGGAGAGCCAGAUUGUCUAUGCAGAGGUACCCCUAACUGACAACCACAGAUCCUUGGCUUCCUAUGGCUUGAAAGAUGGUGAUGUGGUGAUACUGCAGCAAGUGGAGAAUGCAGAGAGGCGGUCUGCAGCUCAGUUCCCUGCUGGGGGCUUGCCCAGGAUAGACUUCAGCAGUAUCACCGUGCCUGGGACAUCUGCACAAGCAGCCCAGCUGCCACGGCCGCAGCCGGCACCACAGCCCCGCCCGUCUCCUCCCGAAGUCCCCCCAGCCCCCCAGGGCUUGGACAACCCAGCUCUCCUGCGGGACAUGUUGCUGUCCAACCCCCACGAGCUCUCCCUGCUGAAGGAGCGCAACCCUCCCUUGGCUGAGGCCUUGCUGAGUGGAGACCUUGAGAAGUUCACCCGGGUAUUGUUGGAGCAGCAGCAGGAUCGAGCACGCCGGGAGCAGGAGAGGAUCCGACUUUUCUCAGCUGACCCUUUUGAUCUGGAGGCUCAAGCGAAGAUUGAAGAGGACAUCAGGCAGCAGAACAUCGAGGAGAACAUGACUAUCGCCAUGGAGGAGGCCCCAGAGAGCUUUGGCCAGGUGGUGAUGCUCUACAUCAACUGCAAGGUCAACGGUCACCCUGUGAAAGCCUUUGUGGACUCGGGGGCUCAGAUGACUAUUAUGAGCCAAGCAUGCGCGGAAAGGUGCCACAUCAUGCGACUCGUGGACCGGCGGUGGGCAGGCAUUGCGAAAGGUGUGGGUACUCAGAAGAUCAUUGGCAGAGUGCAUCUGGCUCAGGUUCAGAUUGAAGGGGAUUUCCUCCCGUGUUCCUUCUCCAUCUUGGAGGAGCAGCCCAUGGACAUGCUUCUGGGACUGGAUAUGCUGAAGAGGCACCAGUGUUCCAUUGACCUUAAGAAGAACGUCCUGGUGAUUGGCACCACCGGUUCUCAGACGACCUUCCUGCCUGAGGGGGAGCUCCCCGAGUGCGCGAGGCUGGCUUACGGCACAGGCCGGGAGGAUGUACGGCCGGAAGAGAUGGCGGACCAGGAACUGGCAGAGGCCAUACAGAAAUCCGUUGAGGAAGCAGCAAUGGGUCUACGAGGGAUUUCCAAUUACUAGCGAUGACUGGACGAGCAGCGGCAACCAACAUGUCGAAACAAAAGAUCUGAUACUCCUAUCUAGUAUAGAGUCGGGCCAAAAAUCCAAUAGGAGAAAUUCCGGGGAGUAUGGCGACGAAAGACUCACCGUGUUGGAUAUCUCUUUGUGAACCACUGUCCAAAAUUCCUGAAUGAGACGGCAUUCCCACCACAUAAGUAGGGCCGUGCCUUCCUGCUUACAAGAUCUCCAGCACAGAGGGCUCAACAACCUGUUCAUCUGAUUCAGUAUAUGUGGUGUUAAAUACCAAUUGGACAACAGCUUGUAAAAUUGGAGUUUAAUAUUCCAACAACUAGAUUUAUUGGAGGGAGAGUUCCGUAUCUGUUUCCAAUCAGAUUCCGAGAAAACCCGUUUUAAAGAAUCAGACCAUUUUUUUUGGUAUAGCAGAGGGUCUUUAUGUGUCACCCUUAAUAAUAAUUUAUAGAGGGUUGAAAUCAUACCCUAUUUACCAUUAUUCCUGCUCCAAAUCAUUUCCUCAAAGAGAGUUAGGGGCCAAAGCAAAUCCUUGGACCUGAUCAGCUUGGAGAACAGAUGUUUCAGCUGAAGAUAUCUAAACCAAGAUAUCCUAAUUCCGAACUUUCUGCUAUAGAUUUAUCCAGAAUUGUCCCAUUUUUAAUCCAAUUAAUAAUCAUCAAUAACCCAGAGUCUUUCCAUUCCCUAAACUCACUUGAAUCCUUUCCUGGGGGAAACCAAUCUUGGUUAAUGAAAGGCGUUAGGGGAGAAAUACCCGGCGCUAAGAUUUUCCUAUAUUCCAGGUUUUCAGCAUGUUGUCUAAUAGGGAAUUGGAGGAAGUCAUAACUGGCCUGUUUUUAGCUGAGGACCAGAUGGUUACUGGUAAGGAAAGUGGUGAAAAAAAGAAACUUUCUGCAGAGAUCUAGGCUUCUGCUGGGUUCAAUCUUAAAGCCUGAAUCAGUGGAGCCAACGAAGAGGCAGCUUGAUAUAAAGACAGGUCUGGGGCAUUCAGACCACCUAAACCUGAGGGCCGACGUAACGUCUGGAACCCAACUCUUGGUUUGCAGCCAGACCAAAUAAACUCAUUGAGAGCCCUUUGCCAGAGCUGUAUUUUUCUUGGAAGUAUUUUAACUGGGAGGGAUCGGAACAGAAAGGUUUAACCAGUGAGAUCCUAUCCAACCAUGAGUAACUUGGUUUCUUCCAUUUAGAAAAAAGGAUCAGCACAGAUUUGAAAAGUUCAUCAAAAUUUACCCAAACGACAUCAUUCAAGAGUACAGGGAUAUACGCUCUUAGAUAUCUCAUCUUCUUCAUAACUCAUUUGAAUGUAAAUCGUGUUCGUAACCUAGCUACUGAACUAGGGGUCAAAUGAAUGGGAAACAGCUCUGAUUUCAAUGGAUUAACUGUUAAACCUGAAAUCGAACUAAACAAGUGUAGGGUUUGCUCCCUGUUGAGCAGACCCAGUUUAGCCUCGUGCUUUACUUCGGCCUCCCUGGUGGGCCUGUCUUUGUGGGUCUCGAGCACAGCACCUGCUCCCCUCCCUCGGAAGCACCAGGCCUUGGUGUCAUGGGAGUCCCCGUACUGAUGAGCGCUAACGGGACCCACAGCUUCGUGGCCCACAGGGUAGCAGCCCAGGAAGCUGCCGGCUGCCUGGUCACAUCCCACUAUGUCAGUCAGUAGCUUCUUCAGCAGAAGAUGGCCGAGUGGUCCACUUGACUACACAAGGAAAUGGUUACUUGCCUUCCAGCCUUUCUUGUCCCACCCCUGAGUGUGUGGUAAAACGCUCCAGCCACUUGCACACUGGAAGUGUGGUGGGUUUCCUAUACAGGAAAAAGUUCCUUAUGGCCAUAGCCUGUUCUUAGGUCAGACUCUCAGUGGUCUCCCAUUACUCCCAGCAAGGGAAUUGGGUUGCACCCGCCGUGCUGAGAAAUGCAGCACCAUUUCAUAGGCAGCAUUAGGGUCAUAUAUGAAAUGGAUCUUCCUGGUUUCCCCCUAAGGUUGUUCCCUUCUGCAGCACUAGAAGGAAUGCUCUUGUGGCCUCCGUUCCCCUUCAGGCGACUUUAGAUUUUAACUUCCCCACGCGUGUGUCUCAGUCCAGACGCUUUCUGCUGGGGAAAUGCACCUCGGAUGCAUCUUCUGGACGCGUGAUGCCCGUGUCUCACUGUUCUCCCCAGACUUCCAGCUGGAUGGGCAGGGCGGGGGGAAACCGUAUAGCUAGGCAGCGCUGCUCCUUUACUUGUACCCUGGGUUUUGGGGUCCAGCCAGGGGCGCUCAGCAUGUUCUCAUGCAGCUCACUGUUCCUCUUUGGUCUGGAUCUCUCUGCUGCGGAUCUGUAGGGAUCAGAUGCAGUGAGAAACCUGAAGGCAAAUGCUUUUGGCAUGUUGGGGCAUCUUCAGUGGGCUAGAACCAGCCAGCCCAGCUUAUGCAAGUUGCAAGGAAAAGAAGCCUCGAGGAGUCUUGGUGCUUCUUUCUUGAGGAAAGCUGCCAUGUUCCACUGGCAGGGAGACAGAAAGCAAAGUGGAGCCAGCCCAGAAGCCACAGAGGUGGGAGAGUCUCAUUGCGCAAGUGUUGCCAGGCAGGUCAGGCGAGGGAGUGGCUGGCUUCCAGUCAAGCGCUUGCUUGGGGCACUCGGCACAGAAUUUGCCUGCCGUGGCUUCUCUUACGUGGAGCCAGAGUGGCUGCAGCCUCGUUCCUCUCCUCAGAUCCUGGCUUGUCCCGCUUGCCCCAUCCCAUUUCAAGUUGCAUUGUGCAGCCUCAGCAGCCAUCAUGUGUGCCUGAUGCUCCCAUAAAGUUCCCUUUUCUCACUGUGGCUGGCAUUGUUUCCAUUUUCAAACUGAAGGAAAGGGACAGAAUGAAGAAAAUGUUGUGGGUGAGGCAGAGAUCACAGCAAGUCAGCGACAGAAGGGAACCGAAGCCGGCCGCCCCUCCGUGGCAGCCAUGUUCAUAAGCAAGCCGGGCAGCCUGUCCACUGGAGAGCAGCCGUUCUGUUGGAUGCCCCGUGAGAGUCCUCGAUGGUGCCCAGCUGAGAUAAGGACAGCUGCCCCUGCUGCUGCCGCUGCUGGAAGGGAGACCCAGCCAAGAGAGCCUCCUGUCUAGAGCAAAGCGGGGGUGGGGGAGGCGAGCGGGGGAGGGUGCGAGUCCAGAACGGUGCAUGUGCCGUGUGCUAACACAAGUGUGGUGUGUUUGUCUCCUAAUCGAAACAGAGCACCAGAA